UCUCUCUCGAAAUGUAUAGUGAAAUUCCUCAAAGUAUGAGCCUUUCUUUCUCCAUUUUCAACUAAUGAUUUGUCUCUUUAAAGAGGAGCGGAGCGUCUUGUUUGCUCGAUCAAAGAAAAGAAAAGACGACUCAAUUUUGACGAGUCUAAAGAACCCCUUAAAAAGUAAAAUCUUUUCGCUACUCAAAAGCCAAGAAGCUUAAUACAUAGAGGGAUACUCUUGAACUUUUGAGGAAAAUUAUUUUAUAGUGAAAAAAUUAGUAAAUUUGAGCUCCACAUUUUGGUCUAGUUUUCUUUUCUGAGAGAGAUUAUAUAGAUGCAGUGGAGAAGUUUCAGUUUUGAGCUCAAACUGAAGAACCCCAUUUGAUAUCGGCGAUGAUCAAUGCUGAAAUUGGGUGUAAAAGUUUCAGUUUUGAGCUUUGCCAAACCCAUUUAGAGUUCUCUGUUUUCUGGAGCUCAUGUUUUGGUGUAAAAGUUUCAAUUUUGAGCUUUGAUAAAUCCAUUUAGAGCUCUCUGUUUUCUGGAGCUCAUGUUAUGGUGAAAAGGUUUCAUCUUUGAGCUUUAAACUUGGGUUUAGUCAUUUUAUGAGAAAACCCCAUUUGUAUCUUCAGGGAUUUAGAGUUUAAUCCUUGAAAGUUUGGAGUUUCUGAGCUCAUAUAACUGUUCAGGAUAUUGAGUAUAAGGGGUGGAGUCUUUGUAACUUGUUCACAAUGGGGGAGGAAAAAUCAUUAGAGAAUAGAGUGAAAGCUUCAAAAUUUGCUGAUCAAAAUAAGGCACCAAAAGGUAGUAAUAGCAAUGUAAAAGGGAGUAACAAUAUGUCAAGGGUGAGAUCUUCUUGGGGUUCUCAAAUUGUGAAGGGUCUCUCAGGGGAGAGAAAAACCAAGUUGCAGACCAUAAUUCAUGCCAAGAAAGAGCUGGUUCCCGUGAACGAAAACUCGAACCAGAAGAACUCUUCUGGGAUUUCGCAGCCAAGAGUGAAGAGGUCUCUAAUGGGAGACUUGUCAUGUUCAGCCACUUCCACUCAAGUUCAUCCUCAAACAGUUAACAUUAACAGGAAUAAAUCUUCGGGUUCGCGUGAUUUGUUCAACGAAAUUGAUCAUUUGAGGAGCUUGCUACAAGAAUCAAAGGGAAGGGAAUUGAAAUUGCAGGCUGAAUUAUCCGAAUUUAAGAGGAGUCCAAAGGUGGUUGUGCUCGAGAGGGAGCUGGAACUGAAGAAGAGUGAGAUUGGUAGCUUUGUCAAGAAAGUUGAAUUGAUGGAAUGUGAGAAGGCAGUCCUUUCUCAUCAACUAGGUUCAUUGACUGCUGCCCUUGAGAGACAAGAUACGAUUUCCAAUAAGGAAGAUUUCAAAAGUGUGACUAGUUUGGAAAUGGAGGUUGUGGAGUUGAGGCGCUUGAAUAAGGAGCUUCAGCUUCAGAAAAGAGAUAUUUCUUGCAGGCUGUCUUCCAUGGAGUCCCAGCUAGCCAUUGUUGGAAAAAUUCCAGAGGGAGACACAGUUGAGCAUAUCAAAGCAGAGGCUUCUUUGUUGAGACAUGAAAAUGAAAACCUUUGCAAACAAGUUGAGGGUCUACAAAUGAGUAGGUUGAAUGAGGUCGAGGAGCUAGCUUACUUGAGGUGGGUGAACUCAUGUUUGCGAGAAGAGUUGCGCAGUUGCUCGUCCAUGACAUGUGAUAAGACUUCUAGCCCUCAUGACAGUGAGAAAAGUAGGGAAUCACUUAGCUUGUCUUAUGAACAUAGUGAUGAGGACUCAAAAUGUAGUAGUGCAAGGAGGUUAAGCCUCGUUAAGAAGCUAAAGAAGUGGCCUAUUACAGAUGAAGAUAUGCAACUAGUAGGGAGCCCGGAUAAUAUCAUUAAUCAUAGUUGGGAGGAUACACAAAGUUCUACUCGCAGGCACUCGAUAAGUGGAUCAAAAUUUUGUGUUGAGGACUUGAUAUUCAAUAAGAGAAGGCAAUCAGAUGGUUUUAUGUGUUCCAAGGAAGUGGAAAAGGAGAUUGAGCCUCUUGUUUCCCAACAUAAAUUAACCAAUCCUUUGGAGGUCGAGAAACGUGUCUUGCGGAUUCCUAAUCCCCCUCCGAGGCCUUCAUCUGUUGCUUUGAUUGAAGAAGAAGGAGAAAAUUCUGUUCAAGUUCCUGGUCCUCCACCCCCUCCCCCUCCUCCACCACCACCUCCUCCAAAACUUAUGGGAAAAACUACAUCAGGCAUGGUACAGAGAGCUCCUCAAGUAGUAGAGUUCUAUCAUUCACUGAUGAAGAGAGACUCAAGGAAGGAUUCAUUAAAUGGAGGAGUAUGUGAUCCAUCAAGUGUUUCAGACGUUCGUAGUAGCAUGAUUGGUGAAAUUGAGAACAGAUCAUCAUAUUUGCUGGCUAUAAGGGCAGAUGUAGAAACUCAAGCAGAAUUUGUGAUUUCCCUGAUAGCAGAGGUCAAUAAUGCAGUUUAUUCAGACAUCGAGGACGUGGUUGCUUUUGUGAAAUGGCUAGAUGAUGAGCUUUGCUUUCUGGUGGAUGAAAGGGCAGUCCUAAAGCACUUUGACUGGCCAGAGAGAAAAGCAGACACACUAAGGGAGGCCGCAUUUGGAUAUAGAGAUCUCAAGAAGUUGGAGAAUGAAGUUUCAACUUACAAGGACGAUCCUCGAUCACCAUGUGAUAUUGCACUAAAGAAGAUGAUUUCUUUGUCAGAGAAGAUGGAACGUAGUGUCUAUAACCUUCUUCGGACAAGAGACUCAUUGAUGCGUCACUGCAAAGAGUUCAAAAUCCCCACACAUUGGAUGCUUGAUAAUGGGAUAAUAAGCAAGAUAAAGUUUGGCUCUGUGAAGUUGGCCAAGGUGUACAUGAAGAGAGUAGCUGCGGAGCUUCAGUCCAAGGGACCAUUAGAUAAAGACACUUCCAUGGACUACAUGCUACUCCAAGGAGUGAGAUUUGCUUUCCGGAUUCAUCAGUUUGCAGGAGGAUUUGAUGCAGAAACUAUGCAAGCUUUCGAGGAGCUACGGGGCCUAGCACUUUCAAUAAACAAGAAAUAGAAGAUAAAGAUUUUUGUGAUGUACACUUUUGAUAGAGGGCUUACCAUCUCAGUAACCACUUACCAUCUCAGUAACCAUCAAUCCAAGUAUUGAAUGUACAAGAGAAAAAAAAUAGAAGGUCUUUGUGGAAACAUGGUUGACAUCAAUGAUAUUCCUUAUCAUUGGACCUCUUUUUAUUUUCAAUUUUUUGCUUUGGGUGGGAUUAUUUCUUGACGAAUGAGUUAAAAAAAGUUUGGGUUGGAUGGAAGCAGGAAGAUGUCAAAGUUUUUAGCAUAUGUGUGUAAAGCUUGGUGGAAAGGCAGGUUGAACUUCUAUCAAUAUACUACUAGGCUUGGUGAAAGAAUAGUUUGAACUUUUAUGCAAGUUGUUUAUUUUGCUCAAAAGCUAGUAGAUCUCCAUUAGUCCAAACAGUUAUAGAGCACUUGCGAUGCCACAAUCAAACAUCAUUGACGUUAAUCCUUCAA